GGCUCGGGAAUGCCGCGACGCUGGUGGAGGCGCCGGGUGUGGAACGAGCGGCGGGCUGAGCUCGCGCGCAUCCUGGGCGCCGCUCCGUUUCGACGAUGCGCCCGGCGCUGCGCGCGCUCGGGCUCCUCCAGCUGCUCCAGCACCUGGAUCUCGCCAGCGGCCAGACGGGGGAUGGUUGCGGUCACUCAACGCUGACGCCUUACAGCGGGACUCUGACUUCCAAGAACUAUCCUGGCACUUAUCCCAACUUCACAUCUUGCGAGUGGAGGAUCCAUGGAGCUGCGGGGAGCUCCCUCAGCCUGAUCUUUGGAGACAUGGACAUUGAAGCCUCAGAGCAAUGCAAAUCCGGCUUCCUAUUGCUUUCUUCCCCAUCGGAUGGAACUCGCUUCGGCCCAUAUUGUAGCAAUUCAAAUCCUCCACGCACAGUCCUGGUGAUGGACUCCACCCCAGUGACCAUCUUGUUCAACACAACAACACAUCGCUCGGGACGUGGCUUCCUCCUUUCUUAUGCCAGUGGCAACCAAUCAGAUUUGAUCUCCUGUUUGCAGAAGGGAAUCCAUUAUGAGAAGGAACAAAUCAGAGUUUACUGCCCUGCAGGCUGCAAAGGAGUAACGGGAGACAUCUGGGGCAACAUGAAUCAAGGCUACCGAGAUACAUCUGUCCUUUGCAAAGCUGCUGUCCAUGCCGGCGUAAUCUUAGAUGAGCAAGGGGGACAUGUCACUUUGUCUCGAGAGAAGGGUAUCACUCUCUACGAGUCAACCUUUGCCAAUGGACUUUACUCAAAAAGGGGAUCUUUAUCUGAAAAACGCCUCAUCUUUCACAAAGCCUGCUCCAGUUUCCUGGAAGUAUCUGGCUUCAACGCUUCAUCCUACUGGCACGAACAGAACGUCAUGGGGGAGAACAAGGCCUGGAUAGCAGAGCACGCCUCUUUCGGUGCCGACGGCACUUCCUGGGCAGCACUUCAGAGCUCUGCAGAUGAGUGGUUGGAAAUAGACUUGGGUGGAAAGAGGAACAUCACAGGAAUCAUAACUAAGGGAUCAUCUCACAAGCACGACUACUAUGUCAAGUCCUACCAAGUCCUCUCCAGCAGGGAUGGAAAGAACUGGAAGGCCUACAAAUCCAACGGUGGUCAUGAGGAGAAGGUCUUCGAAGGAAAUAAAAACAGCCAUGAAGAAGUCUCCAACGCCUUCAUCCCCCCGAUCCUGGCCCGCUACCUGCGCAUCGUGCCCCACAGCUGGAACCAGAGGGUGGCUCUGAAAGUGGCGCUUCUGGGGUGCCAAGUGGCUCGCCUGAAGUCCCAGCACCCCUAUAGCGACGGCGGAAUUCGCAGUGGCCCCAAGGAGUCGCCUCUCCUGACCAGCAGCCCAGCCGUUUUCACCCGAAUCCCAGGAAUAGUGAUCAAUUCGGAAAAAACAGGGCCCCCAUUGCUGGUGAUGCUGCUGAUUGGAGGUUUUGUGCUCAUCUCCUCGGCCCUCUUGCUGCUGGUUUUCCUCUGUCGUAAGAAGAGCAGAAAGACACCAGCAGAUCAGGAUUGCAACCUCAUAAAAGGUUUCCUGACAUCAGAAGCCAGCCAGGUGUGUCCCAGAGGGAGCCUGCAGUUGUCCACCUCGGAAAUCGCCUCGUUUCCUAGGUCUGGAACACCAGUAGAUCUCAGCAGGGCUCAGUCUCCAGAAUACGCCGAGCCAGAUGUGGUCCAAGUCAGCCCCAGUACCCAGUCCAUCCCGUCCACAUUCAAGCCGGCUCUGGAUGAAGGCUACACGCUCCCCCUGGUGGUGAAUCACUACGAUGUGCCGGGAAAACACCAUGAGUAUGCAGAGCCCCUGCCUCCCGAGCCAGAGUAUGCCACCCCCUUCUUAGAUCAGUCUCCUCCUGCAGAGCCGGAAGGAGGCGCGUUCAGGAAGAACGUCUGCGUCAUCAAAGUCAUCUCCUCUCCCCAAAGCCAGGCAGGACCCCUGGUCUCACCGGUCUGCCCAGAGGCCCUGGCGCAAUACGACUUGCCUGCUCAACGGCUGGCAGUGAAGCCAGAGGGACCUGCCCAAACCAGCACCAUCUACACGGAGCCUCACGGCGACCGGACUCCGAGCCCAAGAGACGAACGCCCUCCGGCGCAGCCAGCUACCUCUCCGCAGAGCUGCUGCUUCCAGCUCACGGACUCCCCGCUCACACACGUCUAUCACGAGCCCUUGUGAGCAGCGCAGAAAGGAUCUUCUGGUGCUCAGGCUGCUAGGAAAGAGGUGGAUUUUUGCAGAGCAUCUUCAGGUCAAGGGCGUAGGAAAGCCUUAAUCAGGCUCUCUGUCCAUCUAGCCCAAUAUUGUCUACACUGACGGCAGCAGUUCUGAAGCAGAGAUCUUUCCUAAUGGUUGACACCUGAUCCUUUUUUAAAAAAUUGACUGACGUUCUGGGACCUUCUACGUGCCAAGGGCUUGCUUCUCCCCUGAACUGUGGUCCUUCUUGUAGGAAAAACAUAGCACUCUUCCUCCCACCAGCAAAGGAAAAUUAAUUCAUUUUUUUCCAUGCUCAACUCCUAUGGAGCCUGGGCAAGCUUUCAGUUCCAGGGGGCUUGACUGGGGUUCCCUCUUACUUUAAUUUAGCAAAUGCCUCUGGUUUAUCUUCAUUAGGACUUGAAGGAACCAGUCAGGUAUUUGGGCAGAGGGUUGAAAAAUUGCAUUCAUAUGGUAACAUUUAUUCUCACUGCUCUGCAGUUGCAAUUACUUUUUGUGAAUAACAGAUAUAUAAUAUAUAUACAUGUUGUGACAUGAGGUUCCUAGGAGGAAGAACAGAGCCACCGUAGCUCCCUGAUCCUCCAUCACAUUCCCUUAUUAAAAACUUGAAGGCA